UAUAACCCCUAGAAAAAAAAAGCCCCCCAAGUUCUUAUCUCGCCGAAUCACAUGGCUGUGGCUUAUUGUCUUCCCCAAAACCUUCACUUGAGGCCAUCAAAUGCUUUUUUUCAGAUCAAAUCGUCUAACUCCAACUCCAACCAACCCAAAACAUACCCAUCUCAGACUCCCCUGGAGAAGCGAUGUCUCAGGUGCAACACACUCUACCAAGAUAAGGAUAACUCUCCCACUGCUUGCUUGUUCCACGGCCACAUCACCGGAGAGAAAGGGUUGUUUGCGUUAGCCCCGCCACACCAAGGAAUUGAUGGUGAGUGGAGCGAUCGCAGUGGAGUAAUUGUCUACAAAUGGAAUGAGAAGGGAAACAGACCAAACACAGGGAGUGCCAAUUGGAAGAAGAGGUGGAGCUGCUGUUCAGAGUAUGACGAAAAUGCGCCCCCUUGUCGACGAGGAUGGCAUGUUUCUUACGACGAUGGAUUCACCCUUCACUAGUAAGGUGGAUGCGAUUACGGGGUGGCAACUGAAUUGGAGAUCAUGGUAACUGAGUGAGUGAUCAUAGUGAGAAAAGUUGGAGACUGUGGCAACUGAAUUGGAGAUCACGAUUAUCAAGUUGGAGAUUGUGGUUUAAGUUGGAGAUAGCAAUGACCGAGUUGGAGAUCACAGUGACUUCCGAUGUUUGCUCAAAAUUUGAUUUUGCAUCCUUUGAGCUAAUUCCUUAGAAAUCGAAAUGGAACCAGAGACUAUAGUUAUCACACGAUUUUGCAUCCUUUGAGCAUGUGGCUAAUUUGUUUCUAGAAUAUUUUCAUGUUUGUUUCUUGUUUAAGAAUACUCGCCUAGUUUCUAGAAUAUUCAUUAUUUGUGCUGAAAUAUUCAGCACUUAAUGAACCAAAUCGACUUAGUCAUA